CAGUAAAAAAAAUUGUGUUAUUUUUCAAUCUAUAGUAGUUAUGAUAUUUUUAUAAUAUCUCAAUAUGAUACACAUGAUAUCGAUUAAAUUGAAUACUGCAACUGUAUAAUUUAUUAUUUCUGAUUCAAAAUAUUAAAUAAAUAUUUAAAAUUGAUCAUUGGGCUAACAGACAAAAUGAUACUGUUACCAAGAUGUAUAAAUACAAUUGUAUUACACAAUAUAAAGCGAAGUUUUAUGACGAAGUCCUGUAGCUUAAUGCAUUCUAAUGUUAAUCAAGUUACUAUUAAAGAUGCUGAAGAUGAUAAAUUUGUUCCUAUUUAUAAAGUACCACACAUGAAAUUUUUCAUUGGUUUAAAUAGAGUAAAAAUAUAUCAAAUAGUAGGAUUAUCUUGUUGGAUUCCUAUGUGUUUUAGUUUGAAUAUGCUUAACCAUUUAAAUACUGACGAAGUGAUUUGUGCAUCAUUAAUAGGUUUAGGUUUAACAGCUGGCUUACAUUUUGCCUCUUGGAUAGUAUCAAAUAAUCUUGUUGUUUUUGUUUAUACAAAUAAAGAUGAUCAAAAAUGUCAAAUAUCCUAUAUAUCUUACUGGGGAAAUCGAAAGGAAUUAUAUUGCAACAUUGAAGAUAUAACACCUAUUGAAUUAUCCAAAUUAAGUUUAUUAAAUCAUAAAAUUAAAUUGAAAGGAAAUUCAAUCACACUUAAAAUUAUUACACGCAACUCAACCAUUUUUAAUAAUGCUAAAUUUAGAAAAGUGUUUGGUAAUAAUAUUAUUUGAAAAAUAAAUUUAAAUUGAGUCAUGUAAACAAAUAAUAAUUUUUUUUUUACA